UAUAUUUGCUGCGGUCCUGUCACGCUGCUUGCCGGGCAUGCCGGGAUUGAUUUCGGCGCUCUUUCGCGUUCUCGUGUCGUCGUAGCCUGCUGUGUUCGGCUCGGCGCACUUCUGAGAGAAAAUAAGGACAGCUCCAGUGGAUGUCCUGUCAGCUUUUGCCGCCCCUCCUCCCCACGAACGGCGUCUGCAGCCCCAACAACACAACGCAAAAAUGUCCCGGGAUUCUCCGCAGAUGGCACGCUACAGAGACACCUGCCCCAUAGACUGCAAGGUGUACGUCGGUGAGUUGGGCAACAGUGGCACCAAGCAUGAGUUGGAGGAGGCGUUUGGCUACUACGGGCCCCUGCGCAACGUCUGGGUGGCCCGAAGUCCACCCGGCUUCGCCUUCGUCGAGUUCGAAGACCCCCGAGAUGCACGGGACGCCGUGCGUGCACUGGACGGCAAGAUGCUUUGCGGUCGCCGUGUGCGCGUAGAGUUGUCCACAGGGAAGUCUCGUAACUCUUCGUACCGUGGCUCCUCGCGCCCCUUCCAACCGACUGACCGUUGCUAUGACUGCGGUGAAAGGGGCCACUAUGCCAGAGACUGCAGGGUCUACUCGCGCAGGAAUUCCUCGCGCCGUAGCCGAUCCAGGUCCAGGAGCCGCUCGUUCUCUCCCCGCCGCGGAGGAGGUGGAGGAGGUGGCGGCCGCUCCCGCUCACUGAGCCGGUCUCCGCGGAGGUCUCCGCCAGCCGGAUCACGGAGCCGCUCACGCAGCCGGUGAGUGGCACAACCCCCUCCCACGGCCACUGCAGAUCACCUAUUGCCAAGAGGGGCCGCAGUGGAUCCAAGUCACCGAGCCGCAGGGAUUCUCGCAACGGAAACCUUGACUGAGAAGAUGCACACACGCUUCUUUAAACGCAGGUGCCAGCAGCAGCAAAUCACAUCACUCCUGUUUUCAUCACUCUAAAUAAGAACGAAAAAAACUUUCAUCAGCAUUCUCCCAAACCCACAUUGCAGACAUCUCGCGCACGUCCUCCUCAGCUUGGCUAAAAUGAGCAUAGCACUUUUCAUUCAUUUGUUCCUGUGGAGACGUGUUCAUUCUCGUAGGGCAAUUUAAUUUCCGCAAGAGGUUCUGUGGGGACGAAGGGUGCACGCUUGUCUUUAUAAGUCGAGGACAUUCCAAGUGAAAAACCCACAAUCAGUUGAGCUGCCCACAAGCAUCUUGCCACAGGCAAUUACCUCCAUACGUUUCUUUUGCUGUGAAAAAUAAACUGUGCUGUCUGUCAUCA